AUGGCAUUUGGUGAGAGAGUAAUCCUCAGGGGAGUUUACUUCUUCGUUGUCCUCUUUUUUUGCGUUAACGCCGACGAAAACUGGGACAGAGAUGACGAUCCAAUAUCGACUUCGGAAGUCACUGCAGUGCUGGGUAAAAGUGCUUCAUUACCCUGUGACAUCGAACCGUCCACGAGAGGCGACGGAGUCUACAUGAUCUUGUGGUUCCGCGACAAUGCGGUCAAACCGAUCUACAGCAUUGAUGCCCGUGGAAGGUCUUUUCACCGGGCACUGAAUUGGUCGGACGAGGAUGUACGACCUCGUGCAAACUUUGUGACAAUAUCUAAACCCGCUGCCCUCAUUCUCGAUAGCAUUCAGCUCUCUGACGAGGGUAUUUAUCGAUGUCGUGUCGAUUUUCGAAAGUCACCUACCCGAAACUUUCAAGUUAAUCUCACUGUCACUUAUCCACCACGUGAACUUUUGAUGUACGACACUUCUGGGAGGAAAAUAGACACUGUGGUUGAGACUGAUGGACACGUGGACACCAACGGGCAAAAUGUCAUCUUCAGCACGCUCAUAGUGCCGAAGUUAACGAGAGAACACCUUAAUACUACGUACAAGUGUCGAGCCACCAGUACCAAACUCGUCCCACCAUUAGAGAAGACUGUCUUACUGGACGUCUAUCUAAAACCCGAGAGUGUGACAAUAGUGUCAAAGCCUUCGCAAUUGGUGUCGGGUGAGCUGUACAACCUGAGCUGCGAAGUAACUGGAUCUCAUCCAAGGGCAAAAGUCCAUUGGUUAGAGGGUAAUGAAGAAUUUAAAAGCGGAAGCAUUAUAGAGCGUAGUAAUUCAACGGUAGUGUACAGUACAUUGGAAUUUUAUCCAACACCCGAAGAUCACCGUAAACAGUUGAGAUGUCGAGGAGACAAUCCAGCACUGAGCAAUGCUUUCAUUGAAGAUUCUUACCACUUGAAUGUCGUCUUUCCACCGAAAGUCCAACUGGAAAUUGGCAACACACUUAAUGCUCAAAAUAUUAAAGAAGAAGAUGAUGUUUAUUUUGAAUGUAAAGUCCGUGCCAAUCCUGAGCAUAAUAGAAUAACUUGGAAACACAAUGGAAUAACUUUGAUGCAAAAUCCGACCGCUGGGAUUGUCAUGAGCUCUCAGAAUCUGGUGUUGCAAAAAAUAAAACGGGAAAACGGUGGAAAUUACACUUGUCUGGCGAGAGCGUCUAUGGAUGAAUCUGUAAAGAUUAGGUGCGAGGUAGACGCUGAUCCAAAUCAAGUUGACUUUACAUGGGAAUUUAACAAUAGCGGUGAGAAUUUUGAGCUUGCACCCGCCAAGUUUGACGGUAACAACGGCACAGCCAGUGAAUUCCUCUACACGCCCAUGUCUGAGCGCGAUUACGGUGCAUUGACCUGCUGGGGAAGGAAUGCGAUUGGGAAGCAAAAGACGCCGUGCGUCUACCAAGUAAUUCCAGCAGUAAAACCAAGUCCAGUUAAUAAUUGCACUUUGAAGGCAUUAUUGAAUCAAACUCUUGAGAGUCUGGACGUUGAAUGUGCCGCUGGUUACGACGGUGGUUUACGACAAGAUUUUCGUCUCGAGGCUUAUGAAGCCCAGACAAACUUACUGAGGGUAAACAUCUCGAGUAUCAGUCCCGAGGCACCAGUAUUUCGUAUCCCUGUGGCUGAUCUUCUGCCAGCCAAUCAUUUUUAUCUGAUGGUAUACGCGAUUAAUGCCAAAGGAAGAAGCGAAGUGUCCCUUCUGGAAGAUAUUAUACUGAGAGAUUCUGGAAAACAAACUGAUACCGGAGUCAGUUUCAUCCCUCUUUUAUUGCUGCUCAUUGGCUGUCUUAUGACCCUUGGCAUAACCGUUCUCUCGGUGAUGCUCAUGUUCUACAGAAGACGAGGUACUACAUCGCCUGUACACGUAGAGCCUUACAUGAAACAACCAAUCAUAAGUCCUCCAGACUCAAGGAAUAACUCGAUGCUUGAUGUCACACAUGGUGAUCAUACGUAUUUUGUAGAGUAUACUUUAAAACAAGUGGGAGACUACGCGCUCAAUCAACCUGAUAUCAUUCAGUCUCCUCAAGACCAAGAAAAAGUUAAACGAGAGCCACAGUUAUUUUUACCGGUAAGGCCGGAUACGCUGUUUGCUCCGUACGACAUUCACAAGCAAGGCCUUCAGACAAAUAAAUGUACUUUGAAUCCAUUUUCUACGAAAUCAUGGGAGCCCAUUAGUUUCAAAGCGGAUCGCAAUAUGAUGAAGGAAAUAAUAAUAGCUAAUUCUAUACCCGGUCCAGAAAGUUGCGUGUAA